GCAGCGGCGGUGGCCGCGGCUGCUGUAGGUCGCACUCCCCGCGCCGCGGCUUCUGGCCCCGGGCCGGGGGCUCGAGGCUCCGCAGCCGAGCUGAGCCAGCAGCCCCGCCCCCGAGCCUGAGGCCGCCGCUCUGCCCGGCGCCCGCGUCGCCUCCGCCCCUGGAGAUGGAGCCGAGCGGGGAGCCCGGGCUCCGCGCCCAGGCCCGGACAAUGCCCGGCCACCGAGCCCUGGGGGGCGCGGGGCCUGCGGACAGCGAACCCCCGGGAGCGAGCCACCCUGGCGCCGCGCCGCGGGCCUGUGCCAACUCGGACCCGGGAACCUCGGAGCCCAGACCGACGGCGCCCAGGGGCUCCAGCCCGGCAGACCCGCCGUCGCUCGGACCCUCGGACGCCUGUCAGGGCGCUUCUCCGGGCUCCCGGCUCCUGCUCUGCGGCCCGAGCCCACAGCACCACCGGGCCCUGCGCUUCUCUUACCACCUGGAGGGCUCGCAGCCCCGGCUUGGGUUGCAUCAGAGAAACCGGAUCCUGGUUAAAAGUUUGUCGUUGGACCCUGGUCAGACCAUUGAGCCUCAUCCAGAAGGUCCUCAGAGGCUUCGCUCUGACCCAGGACCUCCCACUGAGACCCCUAGCCAACGUCCCUCACCACUGAAGCGGGUACCAGGCCCGAAGCCACAGGUGCCCCCGAAGCCCAGCUACCUGCAGAUGCCCCGGAUGCCCCCCCAACCUGAGCCUAUCCCCCCUCCACCAUCACGCCCACUGCCUGCAGAUCCUCGAGUGGCCAAGGGUCUGGCCUCCAGAGCAGAGGCUAGCCCCAGUUCAGCAGCGGUAUCCACACUGAUUGAGAAAUUUGAAAGAGAACCUGUGAUUAUUGCCUUGGAUCGGCCAGCCCCUGGGCCCAGCACAGCUACUACAGAGCCAGCCACAUUGCCACAGCCACCCCUGCAACCACCAGUGCCCCAGACCCUUGAGAAUGAGACCUCUCGCUGCCUAUUCCUGUUGGCUCCUGGGCCCCAGGAUGGUGAGAAGGUGCCUAACCGGGACAGUGGCAUUGACAGCAUCAGCUCACCAUCCAACAGUGAGGAAACCUGCUUUGUCAGUGAUGAUGUACCCCACAGCCAUAGUCUCUGCCCUGUGCCCUCUGCCCUGGCCAGUGUCCCUGUUGCUUUGGUCGAUCCCUACCGGCCCAGCUCCCAGGAGGUUGAUAGUGACCUGGAGGAAGAGGACGAGGAGGAGGAGGAAGAGGAAGACAGAGAAAUCUCAGUGCCCCCGAUGGAGAGACAGGAGUCUGUGGAGUUGACCGUGCAACAGAAGGUGUUCCACAUUGCCAAUGAACUUCUACAAACUGAGAAGGCCUAUGUUUCUAGGCUCCACCUUCUAGAUCAGGUAUUCUGUGCCCGGCUACUUGAAGAAGCUCGAAACCGAAGUUCUUUUCCAGCUGAUGUUGUCCAUGGCAUAUUCUCUAACAUCUGCUCCAUAUACUGCUUCCACCAGCAAUUCCUGCUGCCUGAGCUAGAGAAGCGCAUGGAAGAAUGGGACCGCUAUCCACGCAUUGGAGACAUUUUGCAGAAGCUGGCACCCUUUCUGAAGAUGUAUGGCGAGUACGUGAAGAACUUUGACCGGGCUGUGGAGCUGGUGAAUACCUGGACAGAGCGUUGUACCCAGUUUAAAGUGAUUAUCCAUGAGGUGCAAAAAGAAGAAGCCUGUGGCAAUCUGACAUUGCAGCAUCAUAUGCUGGAACCUGUGCAGCGCAUCCCCCGUUAUGAAUUGCUUCUCAAGGAUUAUCUAUUAAAGCUGCCCCAUGGCUCCCCAGACAGCAAGGAUGCUCAAAAGUCUCUGGAGCUAAUAGCCACAGCAGCAGAACACUCUAAUGCUGCCAUCCGCAAAAUGGAACGGAUGCAUAAGCUGCUGAAAGUAUAUGAACUUCUAGGAGGUGAGGAAGACAUUGUUAGCCCCACCAAAGAACUCAUAAAAGAAGGCCAUAUCCUGAAGCUGUCAGCCAAGAAUGGGACCACUCAAGACCGAUACCUCAUACUAUUCAACGACCGCCUCCUUUACUGUGUGCCCAGACUGCGGCUCCUUGGCCAGAAGUUUAGCGUGCGGGCACGCAUUGAUGUAGAUGGCAUGGAGCUAAAAGAAAGCUCUAACCUCAAUAUGCCUCGGACCUUCCUGGUGUCAGGAAAGCAGCGCUCCCUGGAGCUCCAGGCCAGGACUGAGGAGGAGAAGAAAGACUGGGUCCAGGCGAUCAACUCCACCCUCCUAAAGCAUGAACAGACACUAGAAACCUUCAAACUGUUGAACUCAACAAACAGGGAAGAUGAAGAUACACCCCCUAAUUCUCCAAAUGUGGAUCUUGGAAAGCGGGCACCUACACCCAUACGAGAAAAGGAAGUCACCAUGUGCAUGCGUUGCCAGGAGCCAUUCAACUCAAUCACCAAACGCAGACACCAUUGCAAAGCCUGUGGGCAUGUAGUUUGUGGAAAGUGCUCCGAGUUCCGGGCCCGCCUCAUUUAUGACAACAACCGCUCUAACCGUGUGUGUACUGACUGCUAUGUAGCACUGCAUGGGGUAUCUGGAAGCAGUCCUGCCUGUAGUCAGCAUACACCCCAACGUCGGAGGUCGAUUUUGGAGAAACAGGCCUCAGUAGCUGCGGAGAACAGCGUCAUUUGCAGCUUCCUGCACUACAUGGAGAAGGGCGGGAAAGGCUGGCACAAGGCCUGGUUUGUGGUCCCUGAAAAUGAACCCUUGGUGCUGUACAUCUACGGGGCCCCUCAGGAUGUGAAAGCUCAGCGCAGCCUGCCCCUCAUCGGCUUUGAAGUGGGGCCUCCUGAGGCAGGAGAGCGGCCUGACCGAAGGCACGUCUUCAAGAUUACCCAGAGUCACUUAAGCUGGUACUUCAGUCCUGAGACAGAGGAGCUGCAGCGGCGCUGGAUGGCAGUGCUGGGCCGGGCAGGCCGUGGGGAUAUGUUCUGCGCAGGACCCACAUUGUCUGAGGACAGGGAAAUAGAUGAGGCAUCAGUGGCAACUUCAGGAGCCACUGUUGAAUCUCCUGAUAUCCCUCGAUCCCAAGACAAGAUCUAGAGCAGUUGGGGUAACUUGGGCUCCAUACCCUACAUUCUAAUUGCCCAUGUCCAGUUGGCCCAGACCCCUUACUCACUGCUCAGUCAAUACUUGAACUCCCAUCAUGGGCACUUUCAAUUAUGAAUGCUGGGUCUAGGUUUUUUAAGUCACCUUUCACAAACUGGGCUUUUAAAAGUAUUCUGACAGUGCUGUUUAUUUUUUAAAACUCCCAUCCCAGGAAUGGUGGGAGCUCUUAAUAGACAUGCCUGAAUUAGGCCAUUUUCCCCUAUCCUCUCAACACCCUACAGAUUCAUGCUUCCAUCCAAUUCCCCUCAAAACAUUCAAGGCCAGAAACCUGAGUUCAGUGCCAGCUUUGCCACUGACCCAUGGUCCUGGUCCACUACUGCCCCUCAGCUGGUGUCUUCUUGUUGGGUGGUGACCAGCCAUCUCCUGCCUCUCCCAAGGCUUACAGCCUCUACUUGGCCCCAAGGCUACCUAGUAUUUUAUUGUCCAGACCCAUGGCAGGGCCACAGGGCAGGACAGGGGAACAAGGGUGGGUGGGGAAGACAAUGAAUACUGUUUCUUUUUUUUUUUUUUUAAAGAAAAAUACAGUUUGUUUCAGGCUUAUGGAAACUUUGAAA